AUGAAAAUUAUUUUGCUGGUUUUGUUCUCCAUCCAGCUUUCAUUAAGUUUACCAUCAGGCCUUAGCUUGGUAUUCUCUGAGAAAGCUAUAAAUGGAUUUAAAGCUCUUUGGCUAAAAGAAAUUUUAUCUGAGCUGCAUAACCUGGAAAUCCCAAGCCAAUGUUUUAAAACAGGCAAAGGAAUAUUGACAACAAAGUGGGAUUUAUAUGAUUUUUCUUUAACUAAUAUCCAGUUUGACAUUAAUUCAACUCAAAUAAACAUUAUUGACACAGACCAUGUUGUAGUUGAUAUAGAAGACUUUCUUUGUGAAAUAUUUUUCAAAUGAAACAGCACAAGUGAGCUGGAUGAGGAUUCAGGAUCUGCAAGCAUAAGCCUCCAAAAAACUAUUAUUAUGUCUAAAAGCACUUUAUAUGCAUCGAAUGGGCAUCUAGGUAUUACAAUUAAUGAACUUGAGCUAAAAAUUGGAAAUUUUGAUGUAGAAGUUUAUGACAGUAAAAAUGCAAAAAUUGUAAAUUGGCUUACUCACAACAUAAAUGCGAAAAUAAAGAGUAUAUUGGAAAAAGAGAUUUCUAACUCUCCUUUGUGUGAACGAACAAAAGCAUUGGAAAAUCCCUAUUUUUUGUCCAAAAACCCACCUUUCGCGAACGAACAAAAAUUUUUAUGAUAAAAUUUUUGAUAUAUAAGUGAUAAUUAUUAUGGCUAAUUCUGUUUAAUUUUAAAAUAGCUUGUAUUUAAAACAUAAAUUUUACAAAUUAAAUAAAUAUUUGCUUCCAAUUUUUGCGAUAUGGAUUUUUUUAAAUUUCGAAAAAAAAUUAUUAUAAAAUUUAUUAAAAAAAAACUAACCCCCUCUGUGAGCAAACAAAUAUUUUGGGGGAAGGGAGUAAGAAUAUAAAGCACACAGUAGAAUAUGUUAUUAAUAUUCAGCUAAGUCAAUUUCCAACACUAAUAGAAGUUCCACACACUCCUUUUUCUUUUAGUGUUGCGUUGCCAUAUGGCCCAUAUAUAAAUUCAGGCUUUAUGAAAAUUGACAUAUUAGGUAUUUUUGUAGCCAAAAAUGAGCCAAAUUUAUUUCCUCAAAUCUCAUAUACAUAAAAAUGGUGACGACAGACCACCCGACCUCUCGACCCUAUUUCCUCAAAACCUGCAGACAACGGCCCAGUGCCGAGGAUUUAGGCGGAAAAAUGGCCGGUAAUCCUUUAUUUUAUAGUCGGACUGGGUUUUCCUCGGGCUCAGGGAGCUAAUCCCUGGACUUAGAGUUUUUCCUCAGGUACAACCAUUGGAAAGGGCAAGGUCGGCCAAUGUCUGAAGGGCAAUAUGACCCUCAGACCCUGAAGACGGUAUUUGCCUAACGAGAAACUGGGAGUUUCGACCCAGGUGGUUGGCCCUUAGACUCCAGGAGCCAUGGAAGUCAAGACUGGUGCGCGAAUGCCUUGUUUGCGGCAACGAGGAAGGGUAUCCGCCGGGAUCCCUCAGGGAUGAUGAGCGUGUAGGGGUUGAAAUCCCCAGCCCUUGCGAAAGCGAAUGGCACAAUCUAAUAUAAUCUAAUCUAAUCUAAUUUCCUCAAAUCCCACUCCCUGUCGAUUUACUGCGAAAUCAAGAAAAUGAGCUUGAUGUGCAGCUUUUCAUCUCAGAUUAUACAAUAAAUUCUGCACUAUACUCAAUGUACUCUAUAGACAUGUUUGAUCUCACAAUUACCCAAAAAGACUUGCCUUCAUGAAUAAAGCUUACAACAUCAUUUCUUGAUGAAAUUUUGCCAGGGAUAGAAUCAGCAUAUGGUCCAAAACUUCCAUGCGAAGUUAAUUGUGCAGCAAAGAAAACCCCACUUUUGAAUACUCAUGAAUAUUCUCAAGGGAAUAUUCUUGGACUAGUAAGUGGAUCUGCUCUAAUUCAAUGCUCAGUAGAGGUUGUUGAUCAUGGAAAAGCAAUUGAAAUCGAAUCAACUUUAAACUCAAAAAUUUCUGUUAUUCUUGCUGAUGGAGUUUUGAAAGGAGAAAUAAUGGAAUUAAGGGUAGAAAAUAUGAAUGUUACUGAAAGUAAGCUUAGUAGUGAAAUUGAUACAGAUGGACUUUCUGAGAAUUUGAAUAAUUUGAUUGAAAUUUCUAUUCCAGAAAUAAAUGAUUCUGUAUUUGGAAAAGGAUUUAAGCUGUCUUAUCUUGAAGCUUUUAAUAUAGUGGAAUCAAAAAUGACAGUAAAAACAGGUUAUUUUCAUAUUCAAUUAGAGCCUAAGUAUCCAGAUUUAACUAAUAAAGAGUAUUUUGAGUCAUAA